AUGAAUGCAUCCAUAGCUGUUCUCUUGGUUUCUGGGCUAAGAAUGUUAUUCGAUGAGGUUGAAUUUCGGUGGAAGGUUCAUAAUGCCAGACCACAGUCCUACUUGUCACACUUAGAAAAGAAGCAGCUCUCAGCGAAUGAUUCUCAUCUUACUACCACGCCUCCCCCACCAAAAUGGAAGAAAAAAAUUGAUUCUGCAGUUGUAGAGGCAGCUAUGCGGGAUUUUAUCGACAAGCUUUUGAGCGAUUUUGUCAUUGAUCUGUGGUAUUCUGAUAUUACUCCUGACAAAGAGGCACCUGAGUUGAUGCGUGCUGUAAUCAUGGAUGCACUUGGCGAAGUAUCUGGCAGACUCAAAGAAGUAAACCUUGUUGACCUUUUGACGAGGGAUGUUGUAGACAUGAUAGGAGAUCUCCUGGAUCUUUUCAGAAAAAACCAUGCUUUUAUUGGUGUGGAUGUCGUGGCCUGGGAACACUUUCUUCUGAAGAACGAGAUGAAAGUUAAUGUAGAUGAUGCUGUGGAUGAUAUUGUACGGCAGUUCAAAGGAGUUUCUGAUAGCUUGAUGCGGAAAGUUGUUGGCUCACCUUCCUCUACCUACGAACCAGCUUCUUUAGUUCCAAGCAGAACUUUUUCCUGGAAUGCCUACGAUAUUUAA